AUGAUACGCAGCGGUUUGGCAUCGUAUCGGGCGUGUAGGCGGCGAUUGCGCGACGCGCUCAGUGCCCGCGACUACUACGGAGCCAUUCAGAUGAUGAUUGCCAUUGCCUAUGUGCUGGGCAUUACGCCGUAUUUGGUGUCGCACAACUCCAGCGGACAGUCAGCGAUGCAGCAGUCCUGGUACGGAUUUGUCAAUGCCCUCUCCCGAUGGCUGCUGCUGGCCUACUGCUACACGCACAUCAACCUCCACAACGAGAGCCUCAUUGGCUACUUCAUGCGCAAUCGCAUCUCACAGUUCAGCACACGGAUCCAUAACUUUGGGGGCAUUAUGUCGGCUGUCUUCACCUUCAUUAUGCCCCUGCUGCUGCGCCGACACCUGCAGCGUUUCAGCGAACAUGUGAUGGAGGUGGAUCGACGGCUGGACAGCCUGCGCCACCCCGUAAAUUUCAAUGCGGUGUUUGGGUUGGCGACGUUGGUCUUGGGCCUGGUUGCCCUGCUGGACACCAUCAUCACUGUCACCUGUCUGGUGUGCCUGGCCCAGAUGGAGGUGCGCGCCUCCUGGCAGCUGACUUUCAUCCUAGUCUACGAGCUCAUGGCCAUAUCCAUCACAAUAGUUAUGUUUUGUUUAAUAACGCGCACGGUUCAACGUCGCUUGAAUUAUCUGCAUAGGGUGAGUACUCCAUUAAGGAGAUAUAUUUAA